CAACCGCCGGUCAAAUUGAUAGACAAGAAGAGAUGAGGAAGCAUAUUCGUGGAAAAUGAAAAGUGUGCAGCAACUGACCCCAUUUCAACAUGUCGCAAUCUUUGGACGCUGGCGCUUUACUCUCUUCAUCCUCGCCGCUUGAUCCAAUGGACGAGGGAGUGAUUGAUGAUAAGGAAUUCGACAUUCCCCAAGUAGACACACCUCCCACCUUGGAGAGCAUCCUCAAUGAGCUGGAGGAUGAGGAGGAGCCAUUUGUGCUGGAAGAUACGUGUGUGCUGAACACUGAAAAUAUUGAUGCUCAUUCCUGCGAUACUGCUUCUCUUGCCAGCUCUGACAGUGGGGACCCGGCUCACUUCAAACGGAAGAAGAAGGCGGGGGAAUGGAAAGCGGCCAUUCAUGGAUCGGUUCUACGACACAGCGUACUUCAGGGCAUUUCUGCGCAGAUCGUCUCCGCCGCGGACAAGGUUGAUGCUGGGUUACCAACUGCGAUAACGCUUGCCGGCGUGAUUGUGGUGGGAACGUCUCACGGUCUGGCUUUGGUCUUUGAUAACAACCAAGCGUUGAGACUGUGUCUUGGAACAAAAACGACGGGUGCAGAGUUUGGCGCAAUCUCUGCCCUCAGCAUCAACAACGAUUGCUCAAGACUUCUCUGUGGCUUUGCCAACGGACAGAUGACCAUGUGGGAUCUGGCCAACGGGAAACUGCUUCGAACUAUCACAGACGCGCACCCUCCGGGCACAGCGAUUCUUCACGUAAAGUUCACCGAUGACCCAACUCUGGCAGUAUGCAGUGAUAGCGGUGGAUCCGUUUUUGAGCUGGCUUUCAGGAGAGUCAUGGGCAUGCGUUCGUGUGACUCGAGAUGUCUCUUCAGUGGUUCCAAAGGGGAAGUUUGCUGCAUUGAACCGUUGCGCGCGUAUCCAGACUUCAGCGAGCACCCGAUAUGCCAUUAUUCUAUGUUGGCUUUGGCUUCCCUCACAAAGAUUCUGGUUAUUGGACUCAAGCCCUCCCUCAAAGUUUGGAUGACCUUUCCCUACAGCAAGUCGGAACCAUCCAGCGUCCCGCAGCUCGCGUGGCACUUUGUGUCUGUCCAAAUGGCCGUCCACCCGUUCUUAGCUUUUUCGAAAGGAGAUACCGUCCACUUUCUCAUGAUCAAAAGAGAGGAGAUGGGUGCCAUCCAUGUCAUCAAACAGAGACAUAUUCAUCUCAGCUGUGAUAUUAUCAGUUUGAAUUGGAUUAACGGUCGCACUUUAGUCCUGGUCGACAGCCACGAGAAGCUCCAGGUUGUGGACCGUCCCAGUCAGGAGAUUUUGGAGAUUUUGGACUUGGAGCAGGUGCAGCUGGUAUACAACAGCCGCCAUUUCAAAUCGCUGGCCACAGGAGGAAAUGUUUCCCGGGCUUUGGCUUUAGUUGGAGAAAAGGCUUGCUACCAGUCCAUUUCAAGCUAUGCGGGACAGAUGGUCUGUUUGGGCACCAAGUCAGCCCAUUCCAUGACGCUCAGAACCUGGAGAGAGCGCAUCGACUGUUUGUUGAAGCAGGAACAUUUUGUUGAAGCUCUCUCGCUGGCCUGGUCCUUCCAUGAGCGAACAGCUAAGGCUGUGAUUGGCUUGUGUGGAGAUCCUGUGAAAAGAAGGGGAAUUGUCGGUGACAAGAUGGUGGAGAUACUGCUGCUCUUUGCCGAUCACGCCAUGAACAAGUGCCCCGAACAAGGCAGAAUCCAAGUGAUGGAGCAACAUUUUCACGAUGUGAUUCCUACACUGAUCGAUUUCUGCCUGUUGUUACAAAGGCCCGAUCUACUAUUUGAGCAGCUUUACGCCGGGCUCGCCGAGAACGCGGUCGCCAAGGGUGUUUUCCUGGAAUCGCUGGAGUCCUAUGUCGUUACGGAGCGGCUCGGUCACCUCCCCACGCCUAUUAUGAAGGAUCUCCUGGCCCAUUACCACAGCAAUGCUUUGAUGGACAACUUGGAGAGAUGCAUCGUCCGUCUGGAUGUCACAAGCCUGGAUAUACAGCAGGUGGUUCAAAUCUGUUGGGAAAACCAACUGUACGAUGCUAUGAUCUACGUGUUCAACAGUGGCAUGAAUGACUACAUCACACCAAUGGAGAAGCUUUUUGCUGUGAUUGCUCCACCGCUUCGGGAGGGAAGGAGCUUAACAGCUGAACAAGUGGUGAUGGGAAACAAACUUUUGGUGUAUAUCAGUUGUUGUCUGGCAGGAAGAGCAUAUCCCCUGGGAAACAUCCCCGAGGAUCUUGUGGUUCAGGUCAAGAUUCAGGUAUUUGAGUACCUGAUUGUGCUCCACACAGGGGAGUCCUCAUCCUCAUCUGAUGCUUACCCUCUUAUUCAUACCCUCCUCCACUUUGACACUCGAGAAUUCCUUAAUGUGCUCGCCAUGACAUUUGAAGACUUUCAAAAUGACAAGCAAGCCAUCGAGUACCAGCAGAGGAUAGUGGACAUUUUACUUCAGGUGAUGGUGGACAACCCAGACUUUACACCGUGCCAGGUGGGCGGCCUUUUUGCCUUUUUGGCCCGGCAGCUGUCCAAACCGGACAACACGCUUUUUGUCAACAGAAAAUUAUUUGAUCAGGUGUUGGAAUUCCUCUGCAGACCAGACGACGUCUCUCGACACGCUGAACGACAGCAGGUUCUGCUGCAGCUGCUCCAGGUUGGAGGAGUGGUCCAGUUUGAUGAAGAAAAGCUGUUGACUUUGUCGCAGAGAGCCACGUUCUACCAAAUUUUGGAAUUUCUCUACGAGAAGAAACGUAUGUACGACAAGACCAUCGACUGCUACCUAAAAGACCCUCUGAGAAAGGGCGAGAUCUUCAGCUAUAUGGAGCAACUGAUGUCCACGUCGAGCCACACAUCCCAGGAGAAAGAGACCGUGAAGAAGAAAACGCUCCGACACAUUCAGGAUCUGAUCAUCUUUGAUACGAGCAAAUCCGCCGACCUGGUUGUGUGUCACUUUGCUGAAGAAGUGGAUCAAAUUCUUUGCGCUCUCCCGGAUGGCAAGCUGCUUUUCAACUUUUUGACCUCAUUCAUGGAGUCAUGGGAGCGUCAUUAUCCAGGGACCAGCCUUCCUCUGGAACAUGAUCUUCACACGCGUCUGCUGGACCUACUGUGCCGCUUUGCCCCUCAACAGCUCUUGGCUUUCCUUCAAAGCUCACCGCACUACAGAUUGGAGGAAGCGAUUCAAAUCACGGAGAAGUACUGUCACAGCGAAGCCACAGCUUAUCUGCUUGAGAAGAAGGGAGACUGCAAUGGAGCCUUUGCAGUUUUGUUGGAGGCGUUCAAAGAGCAGCUUUCGCUACUGACCGCUGACACCAGCGGAGGGCCGAAGGAAGACGACAAAGAAAACCAGUGCAUGGUAUUGAAGAGGGUGGAACAUUCCCUCGAUACCAUCAUUGCUUUGGGUCGGCGCAACUCCAAGAAACUCCAGCCGCCGCAAAUCAAGGAGCUGUGGUUUUCAUUAUUGGAGACAUUGAUGACUCCCCAGAAACAGGUCUUAAAGGAUCUGACAAUGAACGUUCUCAACAGUAUGAGCAGCUUGGUUUCAAUGCCUGCUAUCAUCCAGCAGAUACUGCAGAGUCCCGUUUAUGAGAAAGGACAACUUGCAGAGAUCCAAGUCCUUAUCCUUGGAAUGCUUGACACCUUCAACUAUGAACAGACUUUAUUUGAAACAACAACGAGUCUGUUAAAUCAUGACCUGCACUGGUCCUUGGCUCAUCUGCGCACGGCCGUCACAAAGGGACUCCACCCCAGACAAGACUACUGCAACAUUUGCCUGCAGCAGUACAAGAGGUGGCAGGACCCAGCUGAGCAGAUCCUUUUAUUCAGCUGUGGUCACCUAUACCACAUUCAGUGCAUGCAGCAGCAGCAAACUAUGGACUGUGGCUUGGGAGGUGCUUCAGAGCAGCAGCAGCGGCGGCGGCAGCAGCAGCAACAGCAGGAGCAGCAGCAGCAGGAGCAGCAGCAGCAGCAGCAGCAACACCAGCAGCAGCAGCAACACCAGCAGCAGCACCAGCAGCAGCAGCAGCACCAGCAGCAGCAGCAGCAGUGGAGCUGCUACAAGUGUUCCACCAUCCAUCGAGGAAAAGGCGGGCAGUAUAGUAUACCAAAGAGAGUUCGGAGUACAUCCCUUGCACAGACUCGACUUUCAUCCCUGCAUCACGAUGAAGCUCGUCGAAAGAAGGUUUUGGAGGAGGUCACGCUGGAUUUUCAACAAGAGCAGUCGUGGGAUCAGCUGCGUUGUUUAUACAAAGGGCCAUCAAGGUUGGCCAUCCUGACGGAGCUCUCUCAGCGCCACAGCAGUGAUCGAGCAGGGACACUCAUUCAAGCCCAUCCGGCACAAGAGGUUUUGAGUCUUAAACUGUCUCCUCCACCUCUGUUGGAAGAAUAGCAAGUACACGCAACAUAACGUGAAAAAGGCAAAGAGCAUGAGAGAAAGAAGGCUUCAACGCAGCAUCCUACAAGACAGCGCCACGGAUCAUGGUUUACCUGGUCACCCGCCUCAACAGUAACUGCCACCACCGUGCCAGGCAUUGGCGACCGCAGGAUGCUGCUGGUAUCUUCGGGAACUUUAUCUGGCAUGUAAGUGUUUAACUUGGCAGCCAACUUGGACAGAAUGCGAACCUUGAACUGCAGAAAUAGAAAAGGGUUGAACACAAUUAAGGUUGGAAUCCGCAUCCUAUGAAUAAUUUCAACUGGAAACAUUCAUCCCACUUUUGACACAAUUAAGGUUGGGAUCCGUAUCUUAUGAAUAAUGUCAACUGGAAACAUUCAUCCCACUUUUGACACUGAUGUGGAUCUCUGCACGCAAUUCCAAAUGACCUCCAUUGCUAAGGGCAGAUAGCAUCAAUUAAACCUCAACAAAAACAAAGCAGUGGUUCCCAGCUUUUCCAAUCCUUCAAUCAUGACCGACAUCCCCAGCGUGCACAUUAACAGAUGCAUUUCAUUGAGCUGAAUACAUCAAAUGAUCCAGGUCAAA